UGCUACGGUGAUUCGUUCGCCCAGUCCGAACCGGAACUCACGGCGUCGAAGUCUACGGAAGUGGACGAAGGUUUCGCCACGGCGAUCAGUGGCGGAAUUACAAGGUCAUUUCAGAUGCGUCUACUUAAUGCCUGCUACACGCGUCGACUGUGUUCUCUUUGCGAUCUCAGUCUGGAGUUACUGCUACCUAAGGACCGCUGUAGGACCCUCAUUGCCGCUUCAGAAGUGAAGCUGUUUCAGCGGAACCUCCUCUAUCCAACUUCUUGGUACGUUUUUACUUCAUACUAUCCUAUUGAAUGCUCUUGA